AGUUUUGGGGUUAACUAAUCAUACUGUAAUACGUUAGCUAAUACACUUUUUAAUUAAUUCCAAAUUAUCUUUUCGUCGCAUCUUCUCCAACGUGUGUGAGACUGAGACCUAGAUGUGAGUGAUCCCAAUUCACUCCAUUGAAGCCUUUUGCAAGGAAAUUCAACAACGCGUUUAGGGUUUCUCAGCAGGUUCACAUGGAGACUCUAUGGACACUUUUGUAUCUGCUAGAACCUGCUCCAGCUACUCUCAUUCUCACAGCUGUCACCGUCACAUUCGCAUCUGCCUUCCGCGCGCUUAACUACUCCAAAGAGAUGGAGAGAAACCGUGACUUCUCCGAAGCUUCCAUCACACUAGACACCUCUCAAGCCCUGAUGAUCCCUGUCAUGAGCUCCUGCAGUUUGCUUCUCAUGUUCUACCUCUUCUCUUCCGUCUCUCAGCUCCUCACCGCCUUCACAGCCGUCGCCUCCGUCUCAUCUCUCUUCUUUUGGCUCUCGCCCUACGCCUUGUAUGUCAAGUCCCAGCUUGGCCUCUCUGAUCCUUUUCUUUCACGCUGCUGCUCUAAGUCGUUCACUAGAAUCCAAGGACUGCUGCUUGUGGCUUGUGCAGUCACGGUAGUGGCGUGGCUCGUCUCUGGUCAUUGGGUGUUGAACAACUUGCUUGGGAUCUCUAUCUGCAUUGCUUUCGUCAGCCAUGUCCGUCUUCCCAAUAUCAAGACAUGUGCUAUGCUGCUCCUGUGUCUCUUUGUGUAUGACAUAUUCUGGGUCUUCUUCUCCGAGAGAUUCUUUGGUGCUAACGUUAUGGUGACCGUGGCAACUCAGCAAGCGUCGAACCCGGUUCAUACUGUAGCCAACAGUUUGAAUCUUCCUGGACUGGAGUUGAUCACAAAGAAACUUGAACUGCCUGUUAAAAUAGUGUUUCCAAGGAACCUAUUGGGUGGUGUGGUGCCUGGUGUGAAUGCCUCAGAUUUCAUGAUGCUUGGUCUUGGUGACAUGGCUAUUCCUGCAAUGCUUUUGGCUUUGAUACUCUGCUUUGACCAUAGGAAAAGUAGAGAUGUAGUGAAUCUUUCUGAUCUUAAAUCUUUCAAGGGGCACAAGUACAUAUGGUAUGCACUUCCUGGGUACGCCAUUGGCUUGGUCUCGGCUCUAGCUGCAGGUGUCUUAACCCACUCACCGCAGCCAGCUCUGCUUUAUCUGGUACCAUCUACGCUAGGACCGGUGAUCUUCAUGUCAUGGCGGAGAAAGGAUCUUGCGGAGCUGUGGGAAGGAUCAGCAUUGUCCAAUCCCACUGAAAAAUCUCAUGAAAUAGAGAUCUGAGUUUAUUAUAUCAGUCGAAGAUCUUAGCUCAGAAACAUAAAAACAAAACCACAAAGACGUUUCGUAGGAAAGAUAUCAGAUCAGGUGUCUUGUAUUCUCAAGUAAAAAAACAGAAGUAUAUCUCAUUUUAUUGCAUUAUAUACCUUACAUACUUCCAAAAUAUUCAAGGAAGUAAAAUAUA